AGUUCACAAAUGUGUCAUGCUAUGACGUUGGUUAAAGCCAGAACCCUCUUCGCUUCCUUCUAUUUAUUCCCCACACUUGCUCCUCUGCUUUUCCUCACAACUCACCACCUCUUUAUCUCCUCUGUAUUCAUUCAGGAGUUAUAUUAUACUUCAUAACACUAAGAUUCAUCCUCUUAAUUUCUACAGAAAAGAAAAAGAUGGCGCUUUUGGGGCUUCUGAUCUUGCUGGGAUUUCUCUCUCUGGGUUCAUCUGUCCAUGCGGUUGGUAAUAAUGGUGGUUGGGUGAAUGCCCAUGCAACCUUCUAUGGAGGAGGCGACGCGGCUGGCACAAUGGGUGGAGCUUGUGGAUAUGGGAAUUUAUAUAGUCAGGGGUAUGGGACUAACACUGCUGCUCUGAGCACUGCCUUGUUUAACAAUGGUUUAAGCUGUGGGGCAUGUUUUGAAAUUAAGUGUGUGAAUGACCAAAAGUGGUGCCUUCCAAAAUCAAUUGUGGUCACUGCAACCAAUUUUUGCCCUCCAAACAAUGCCCUCCCUAACAAUGCAGGUGGGUGGUGCAACCCUCCCCUUCAACAUUUUGAUCUCGCUCAGCCUGUUUUCCAACAAAUUGCUCAAUACAAAGCUGGAAUAGUACCCGUUGCUUACCGAAGGGUCCCUUGCCAAAAGAGAGGAGGCAUCAGAUUCACAAUCAAUGGCCAUUCUUACUUCAACCUAGUACUAAUCACCAACGUUGGUGGUGCUGGAGAUGUUCAAUCAGUUUCCAUAAAAGGUUCAAGAACUAAUUGGCAACCAAUGUCCAGAAACUGGGGUCAGAACUGGCAAAGCAACUCUUAUCUCAAUGGUCAGAGCCUAUCCUUCAAGGUCACCACUAGCGACGGUCGCACCGUCGUCACUGAAAACGCUGUGCCUGCUGGCUGGUCCUUUGGCCAAACCUUCUCAGGCCAUCAAUUCCCUUGAGAGACACAAAAAAAAGGGAGUCUGGUGUAUCAAAGCUCCUACUAUACACGCAGCAACAAUUUUUUAUCAUUGCGCCAAGGCUCCCUUAUCCGAGAAACACAGAACGACAUAAAUUAAUUAAUUAAACCAUUUAAAUUUAGUUAUUGAGCGUUGGGAGCUAAAACUAGUUUAUUUGUCUUAAAUUAGUAGUGUAAUAAUACAAGUGGGGUAUAUAAUAGAGAAGUUACAUGAGUUAGGAGUGAGUGAUUUUGGUGAGUUUUGGGAGCAAAUGAAAAGGGCUUAUUUUAAGAUGGUCCUGGUCAUUAUUGCUUCUUGAUGAGGAACUAUGUUCUGCUUUCAGUUUGAAGAAGGCAGAGACAGUUUAGAUGGCAGUGGUGGAUGUUUACUAUACGCUUUACCACCCGCCAAUAUAGUGUAUUCUAUGAUUUGUGUUAUGUAUAAUCCCCAUGUUGAAAAUAAAAUGCAUGAUAUUUGCUAGCAUAUAGCCAAAGAGUAUAAUAAAGAAGAGAUAAAGCAGUUUUUUUGCUCCUUAGCAUUUGUUUUGAACUUUAUGUAGCCUAGUUUAAGAGUGAAUGUAUGUAUGAUAUGGCAUAUACAAAUGAAUAAACUUAAUACCCAAUUACCCAUGAGUUCAAAG